CGCCCUCGCGGGGCCCUGGGGAACUGGGCCACGCACCGCGAGGUCCUGUGCCCACUUGCGCUCCGGUAGGGCGGGCGGCAACUGUUGGCUCAACUCUGGCUCGGCUCUCGCGCUACGAACGCUGCUCCCACCAACGCAGCGAGCAUCCAGGCGGAGCAGGGCUCUUGGAGGUGUGCCACGGCCCCAGCUUCUCGGGGCCGGGGACGCGAGGACCGGGCUGUCUGGGACUGGGAUCUUCGCUCCAUACUUUGUGCCUCGCGAUGUCCGCUCAAGUUCUGGGAUUUUUGCGCAACUGGACUCCCCUCUCCCUGGCAGCCCGACAGGAUCUGGCCGCUGCAGGGAAUGACGCGGUUACCCCCACAGCCCCGGCUCCGGGCGGGGAGGGCGAGCCCCACAGCCAACCUCGCGACGCCCUCCUGGGCAGCACCGAUAAGGAGCUGAAAGCACGAGCCGCGGUCACCGAGGGCAGCGCCGCAACAACGCUGGGGACCCCCUGGCAGCGGGAGCCGCAGGUCGAGGCUAUGGAUCCAGCGAGUGGCCCCCGGAGCCUGCUCCCCCGGCCUUGCCGUGUGUUGGUGCUGCUGAACCCGCGCGGCGGCAAGGGCAAGGCCCUGCAGCUCUUCCAGAGCCUCGUGCAGCCCCUUCUUGCCGAGGCCGAAGUCUCCUUCACUCUGAUGCUCACUGAAAGGAGGAACCACGCACGGGAACUGGUGCGGGCGGAGGAGCUGGGCCGCUGGGAUGCUCUGGUGGUCAUGUCUGGGGAUGGGCUGAUGCAUGAGGUGGUGAAUGGACUCAUGGAGCGCCCAGACUGGGAGACGGCCAUCCAGAAACCCUUGUGUAGCCUCCCAGCAGGCUCUGGCAACGCUCUGGCAGCUUCCUUGAACCACUACGCUGGCUAUGAGCAGGUGACUAAUGAGGACCUCCUGACCAACUGCACGCAGCUGCUGUGCCAACGGCUCCUGUCACCUAUGAACCUGCUGUCUUUGCACACCGCCUCGGGGCUGCGCCUCUUCUCUGUGCUCAGCCUGGCCUGGGGCUUCAUUGCUGAUGUGGACCUGGAAAGUGAGAAGUACCGGCGCUUGGGGGAGAUGCGCUUCACUCUGGGGACCUUCCUGCGCCUGGCAGCCCUGCGCACCUACCGGGGGCAACUGGCCUAUCUCCCCGCAGGAAGUGCUGUUUCUAAGAUGCCCACCUCCCCUGCUCUAAUGCAGCAGGGCCCUGUGGACGCACACCUUGUUCCCCUGGAGGAGCCAGUGCCCUCUCACUGGACCGUGGUGCCCCAUCAGGACUUUGUACUGGUGCUGGCGCUGCUGCACACCCACCUGGGCAGUGAGAUGUUUGCUGCACCCAUGGGCCGCUGUGCAGCUGGUGUCAUGCAUCUGUUCUACGUGAGAGCAGGGGUGUCCAGGACCAUGCUGCUGCGCCUCUUCCUGGCCAUGGAGAAGGGCAAGCACAUGGAGUAUGACUGUCCCUACUUGGUGCAUGUGCCUGUGGUUGCCUUCCGCCUGGAGCCUAAGGAUGGGAGGGGUGUGUUUGCUGUGGAUGGGGAGUUGAUGGUCAGUGAGGCUGUGCAGGGCCAAGUGCACCCAGACUACUUCUGGAUGGUCAGUGGUGGCUGCAGGGGUCCCCCACCCAGCCAGGAACCCCAGCAGAUGCCACCUCCAGAAGAGCCUUUAUGACCCCACGGGCUUGCUGUGCCUUUGUCUGCUGCGUGUAGGCUGAGCUUGGGACCCUGUCCUUCCCCCAGGACAGGGGACCUCUCCACAGCUUCUGGGGGUGAUGGGGCCUCCUCUGGAAAAAGGUAGGAAGGUGGUAGAAGCUAGGCUUUGGGAAGUUCAGGCUCUACCCACCACAGGUCAGAACAAGGCCAUAGGCAGGAGCCCUGC